ACUGCUUGGCAGUGUGUUAGUGAUGAACAAAGUAGUUCUUAUUCAAUAUGAGUUAAGAAUUAACAGUAUGCCUAAAAAUGACAAUGAACUUCAUUUAAAAACAAAGGCUUUAUACAAGGUUUUAAAAACAAGUACGAAAAAAUAAUUAAUAUGAAGAUUUAACUCUAAAUUUCAAAUUUACAGCAGAUUUGUAAAAGCCUUUAUGAUGUAUAGUAUCAUUAUUAUUAUCAUUAUCUACACUGCAAUGUAUGCCUGUCUCAUUGAUGAUAAAAGUUCCUAAUAGUGGCAUUAUAUAAAGUAAAAAAAAUCAUACCUGACAUGAGGGGACACAAACCAUUCCAUGCUUUUAAAGGACCAGCUUGAGAAUAUUGUCCAAUUCCUAGUUCCAAGAAAAAUAACGGUAUUCCAGCCAAAAUUAGACAAAGUAUAAAAGGGAUUAAGAAAGCACCUAAAAUAAAAGAAAAUGAAGCAGAUUAUUAAAGCAGAUUUUUACAGAUUUUGUAUUGUUCAUUCUUUAAAAUGUGGUGACAACUAUGUAAAUCACUGGUAAAAUAGUUAUAUACCUCCACCAUUUUUAAAACAUUUAAAUGGAAAUCUCCAGAAGUUGCCAUAGCCUACUGCAAAGCCAACACAUGCAAAUAUAAAUUCGAUUUUUCUUGACCAUUGCUCUCUAGGUUGUGAGGAAACGUAUUUAUUCUUUUGUUCCAUUUUCGUAUUUAUAGGUAUAAGAUAACUAUACAAGUAUAAAUAAAAAAAUAUAUCAUUGUUAACUACAGUUAAUUAUACAUAUACUGAAUUUUAUCAAAACCAGUUUAUCUAUCUCUAUAAAGAACUCUGCACAUUAUCUUUGCAAGUGCUCCAAAGAUGAUGGAUUGAGUGGGACUUGGACCCACAACCUUUUACGAUUGCUGUAAAGACUAUGCUAUUGAUCCGAUGCUAUCUCCCUAGCACAUGUAGUAGAUAAGGUGAGAUUACUACCUCCAUGUGACAUACACUGAGAGCAAGGCAUAUGGAAUAUAAUGUGCAGGGUUACUUAUACAAAUAUAUAUCACAUAUGCACAGUUGUUCCUAUAACAUACAUAGUCUAUUUCUGUUUCAACAUUUCUUGAAAUCAAACAUGUUAAUAAGAAAAUAUAUAUAUAACAAAAACAGGUUUUCAAAUUUGGGAACUGUUUCCAUUUUAAAACAAAGUUUCCAUAGGCAUACGUGAUUUUGUCAAUAUACAACAGAAGACAGUAAUUUCUGGAAUCAAAGUUGCACAGUAUUUGUGUCACAUGUGUAUAAGCACAAAAUUCAAAUUGUUAUUGAUUAUUGUCCAUGUGAGGACUUUUAUUCCACAUUAAUUCACAAAGUUCCGAUUUUUUGCAAAAAUAAUGAUAUUAAAUCGUGAAAAAUUUAUGGUAUUCUAGGGCCAUUUGAGUGGGGACAGGAAAUUCAUAUGUGACUUACUUCUGCCUUAUCCUAAACUGUAUAGCCAGACAAGUUUCUGGUGUUGCAAGUUUGCAUUGAGAAAACAGCACUACUAACUAAAUAUAAUAUUAGACUGUGGCGCGCCGCAGAUUAGUGGUUAUAUAACUCUCGCACUUUGAGACCAGCAGGAUUUGAUUCCCCUUGUCAGCGAUGUUACCAUAGCCCUAAAUUAGCCCAAGCCAUAUGAGGGAAAUUGGGGAUAUGGCACACUGUGUGGGCUGAUGGAUGUUGAAUGGAGGAGUUGUCUGGUAGAGCGCAGGUCCUAAUUGGCUCUGUAAAAUAUGGGCAUUAAAAACUCUAGGACUAGUAAAGUAAGUAAGUAAGUAAGUAAAUAACUUAUUUAUCAAUAGACAAAAAGUACAUGAUUUUAUAGAAAAAUGAUUAUAUAAGUAUUGUUGUAAAUAAGUCUAUUGAAAGGAGAUUACCACAAAGCAAAAUAGCUUAAAUGAAAGUGGUGACCACCUAAGAAACAGGACAUCACAAAAAGGACAAAAUACAAGACAGGACUGGGACUAAUACAAAACACAAAGGUAGGAGUUUAUGUAUAUAAGUCUAGUCAAAUAGGAAUUUACCAAGAAAAAUCAAAAUAAAAGACAUGAUGCAAAAAAUAUGGAGGCUGAUACAGUUAAAAAUAUAAUAAAAUUUAGUAGCUGUUUAAGAAAUGCUGAAAUAGGAUAGGUUUGAUCUCAGAGAUAGAUUUACUAAGAAGGCGAAAAGGAAAAGAUAUUUGUACCUCAUUCCAUGAUUUUAAAGAGUGAAAUCUAAUAGACUUUUUCCCAAAUGAUGUUGAAAAAACAAAAGGUAAUUUUAAAAGCCCUUGUUGAUCAGCAUGAGUGAGUUGAUCAUGAGAAAAGUUAAUGGAAAAAGUAUCUUUGAUAGUGUCAGGAAGGCUAUUAUGAGCUAAGUUGUGUAGAAAAAUAAUAUUUUGCAUAGAGAUCAUGUCGGGAAACUUGAGAAAUCCAAGAUUGGAGUAGAGUGAACUGAGCGGUGUGUAGGGAGUUCCAAAAGAAAUGAGUCAGAUAGCAUGAUUUUGGAGAAUUUCAAUACGAUGUGUAUGAUAACUUUUUUGACCUCAAAUUUGUGAACAGUAUAAAAUACGUGAAUAAAAGAUGGCAUAAUAAAUCAGCAGGAGUAUAUUUGGGGACAAGGUUAUGGAUUUUGGCUAGAGCUCCAUUAGCUUUCCUUAGACUAAUAAUGGUAUUAUUAAUUUGUGAUGUCCAGCUUAGGUCAGAGUCUAGAGUGAUUCCAAGAUAUUUGACUUGAACGCUGGGAUAGAUUUUUGUACCAUUAACAUUUAAUUUAAAGUUGAAAUGAAGUGGCUUAAAAGGACUUUUGAAAAUAACAUAUUUGGUCUUUGUUUUGUUGAGAGAAAUCUUAUUGGGCCAGUGACAUAGAAGUUAAGAUCUAUAUUUAAAUGCUUAGCGAGUUGUUUAGGCGAUUUACUGAUAUGCAGCAUGUUAGUGUCAUCAGCAAAAAGGUGAACUAAAGAAUAAUUGAUAGCAAAAUGAAGAUCAUUUAUGUACACUAAAAAUGAAAGUGGACUAAGUACAGACCCCUGUGGUACACCAUGAUUGAUAAAUUUCUGAGAAGAGAUAGAGUUAUUGAUACAUACAAAUUGUUUUCUAUUUGUUAAAAAAGACCUAAUUAAAGAAAGUGGGAUGCCAUGAAUACCAUAGUGAAAUAGUUUUUUCAGUAAGAUUUCAUGAUCAACUGUAUCAAAAGCUUUUUGCAAAUCAAUAAAUACACCGCAAGCAAAGAGACCAUUGUCAAGAGCAUCCAUAUUUUUUUGAGUGAUGUUAAUGAGUGCUUGGAAAGUGGAAAAUUUCUUUCUAAAACCAAAUUGAUUAUGGUAAAUAGUUUUGUUGGAGGAUAAAAAUUUAUAUAAGCGAUUGUAAAUUAGUUUUUCAAAAACCUUAUCAAUGUUAGAAACUAGUGAAAUGGGUCGAAGUUAGUGAGUUCUCCCCACCUAACCUCCUGGAAAUAAUAGGCAGGGUACAUCCCUCGAUAUUUGUGAGGCUAGCCAUGUAAAAUAUGCACAGCUAUCUAUCUAUCUAUCUGAAAAAUGGGAAGUUGGUGGACUGGCGGGAUGCUGCUGGUGGUGAAAAUGUUAGCUAUGUAGCAAACAAGGUCAGCAAGCUAGCUAGUUGCUAGUUUUGGAGACUUAGGUAUUAUAUAGGAUUAAAACCAACAUCCAUUGCAAUUUUUAGGUGUCCCUAACUUCUUCGUGAUGGGUAAGCUAAAUGGACAGAUAUCCAUCAAGGCCAGUACACCAUGCAAGAGUUACCAUAUUUGUUUUGAUGGUUGUGGUCACAUUGACCACAUAUUUUCAUAAAAAAAAACCCCAAGGCUCCUCCCGGUACGAGCGUCUCUGUUUUUCAAAAAAAAUGGCGGGACAAUUUUAAAACGAGUAAAAAGUGAAAGCGAAAGCUGGUGAGUGAGCAGAUGAGUGAGUAUAUGUAUCCUAUUAAUUUUGUUUUAUUUUUUAGCCAUGUCAAACGAUUGCUUAGGUACGUACGUACGAAAUCGUUUCAGGUUGGGGAUGGUGCGGGGCGAAUAUAGUGUUUAUCCGAGAAGAGUUGGCCCGUGAGGGCAAAGAACUUUGCAAAAUGGAAUGUCUAGAUAAUCUCUUUAAAGGAUACAAUUUAUUAUAACAUAUCAUUGUUAGUUGUAGUAAUUAUUAAAGAAAAGAAGACCUUUAUUACUAUAUUAUUUUUUAUAUUUAUAGGGGCGCAAUUCCCACUUUGCCUGUUGCACUACGUUGAUUGAUAAAGAAGCGGGUACCAGAGAGGUUAUGCUUGUUUCAAAUACUAUUUUACUGUUAAUAAUUUUCUUAUUCAUCAUAGAAAAUAAUGGCUUUCCUUUCAAAUGUGUCUGAAUCAUCGUUUUGGAGUUGUCUAGCGGAGUUAUCCAAAGAACUACAAUCAAGAGAGAGUGCAACGAAAUUACUCGAACGAAUUAAAAUCACAGACAAAAGUGAAAAGUCUAUUCAUGCUACGAAAAUUUUGUCACGCUAUGAAGUUAUGCAACUCAUUGAAGAGCAUAUAACGACGUUUCUACGUGCCUUACACAACCGCGAGUUGCCUAAAUUUGUUUUUAAUAAACGUGGUGGAAGCAACAACACAAUUUUUAAAGAAGACCUAGGUGUCCAAAUGCUUGGUGACGUAACAAAACACGAGAUAUCUCUGGAAAACCAGGCUUCGUUACAUAAAUACGCUGUAAUGAUUACAUGUUUAUCAUCGUGCUACAAGUUACUUCAAGAAAAUAAACAUUCAACCAAAAGAGAUCUAUACUAUUCAAACGUGAACUUUUAUCAAACACAACAUGCUGUUGACGAAGCUGUUUCUGAUAUAUCAUGUAUGCUUGGCGUUCCUCGUCACGCUUUACAUAUCUUAUCUUCCUCGAAAGGAUUGCUUUAUGGUGAUUUAUCUUUUUCAGAUAAUGAUGGUAACAUUAUAGUUUGUUAUGAAAAUGGAGUUCAAGUCCCGAAUCAUGUCAGUUGUAUCCGUAACUUCCAAUCAAACGCGAGAUAUAUUUUAGUGAUUGAGAAAGAAGCAACUUAUCAAAGAUUAGUAGAAUAUAAGUUAAAUGAGAAAUUAGGACCGUGUAUUCUUAUGACAGGCAAAGGCUUCCCGGAUAUCAACACACGCAUGUUACUUAGAAAACUUUGGGAUGCACUGCACAUUCCUGUUCUUGCUCUAGUCGACGCUGAUCCACACGGAAUUGAAAUCAUGUGUAUUUAUAAAUAUGGUUCCAAAUCCUUGUCUCAUGAAGCGUCAAACUUAACUUGUCCAGUAAUAAAAUGGCUGGGAGUUCAGCCAAAGGAUAUUGGCUUAGUCAAUAUAGCAGAUACUUUUCUGAUACCUUUAUCUGACGCUGAUAAAAAGAAAGCUAACGAUUUACUGAAAAGAAAUUACAUCAUGCAACAGCCACAUAUAGUUACGCAAAUCGAACUGCUACUUAGCCGUGGCUUAAAAGCUGAAAUCGAGUGUUUAGAUUCUAUUUCUCACUCUUUUAUGACAGAUAUUUAUUUACCACAUAAAAUCCGAAACGGUGAUUGGCUGUAAGUCUUGUACUGAUUGGUUGUGAGAAAAUUGCUUUACAUUGAUUGGCUGUGAUAACAAUUCUUCGCGUUGAUUGGUUGUGAUAAAAUUGCUUUACAGUACCUUGAGUUUAUUAUUUUUUGCGAUUUUUACCCAUAUUCGAUGAAAUGUAUCCGGGUGAGAAUUUUAAGGAAAGGUCAAUUCGCGAAAAUAAAUCAUCGCGAAAUUACCAGAAUGACUUCGCGAAUAAUCUUCGCAAAAAUAGUGAAAAAUACAGUGGAUUUUUUCUUCCUUAAUAAACACACUUUACAAGCUUUCUCCAUUACGUUUUUCUGGUUUUUUAUAUGUUAGAUCUUUAUUUGAAUAUCCUUGUCGAUUAUUCAAGGUUUUUCUAAGAAGUGCUCAUGAUAAUCUUCCUUUUGGGAUGACAAUAAAGUUCCUUAACAAUACUUUUGUCCCUUUUAUCAACUUUUAUCGCUUUUUACGCUUGCAGUAGGAAAAAUGUAGAAAGCUAGAUAUCUGAAACAGUCCGACUCGUGAAAAAUAAUCUUUGCAAAAACUCUUUUUUUAAUUCGCAAAAAUUAAUUAAGUUAAGGUAAUUGAUUUUAAUGUAAAAGGAUUGAUUGUGUUAAAAAAAUGUAACAACACGGUUAUCUUCUUGUCUCAGUGUCUCAUGGUUGAUUGCUCUCGCGUUUCGACAAGCUGAAGGUUGACUUUGUUGAUCUUUUGUUAAGCUACCGCCUUUCAACUCUUUUUGGGUGUAUUGUAGCUCUGGUUGUCUAGCUCAGCCGUGUUCAAGACAAAAUAAAAAAACCCAAAAUCUUCAGUUAUCAUCAUUUGGGAAUUAUUUUCACCUCAAGAUAAACAUAGGAGAUAUAAAAUAUCUUCAGGGUAUUAUUGCUGCACCAAUAAGAUUUAUUUGCAUUUUUAGAAUUAUUGCCUAAUCAAUUACAAGUUUUAAAACUUACAGUUAAUUUAAUCUAUUGUUUCUUUUGUUAAUAAAUCACACCCUUAAAGUGUUUUAUUUUUUUUGGAUUUUCCAUGUUAGAAAUUGAUUUUCUUAGCUAGUUAACUGUUGUUUU